CCCAGUCUUCGUUGUAGUAUGAAGCUCGCCACAUUUUAAAAUUUUAUCACGCUUUCGCAACUUAUGAAAAAUCUGAUAAUUUUACCUUUCUCUUAGUGCUUGUGGGUAGGUUGCUAAAAUAUUUUAAGAUGAUCCUAUUCAGUGUGAAAAAAAAUAUUUAAUAGUUAAGUAGGUAUAGUUACUUAGACUUUUUGUAUUGCGAUUAAUACUUUGUUAUUAUAAACCACCUUCAAAUAUAAUUAGGAAAUUAGGUAUAUUUUUUAGUUUAUUAAUAAAUUACUGAAACAUGCAAUUUAUAGGAGCAUGUACCCUAAUGUCUACAUUUUGUGAUCUACCUCCUACCAUAUUUUUGUGUAAAUCGAAACGUUUACUACGAAUGCGUUCUCUAUGAUUUCUUCAUUUAAGUAUGUACUUAAGUUGUCAUCGACCAAUCAUCGUAUCCCAUGUAGGCACCGUUGCCCAAUCAGAGUCACGUACCCUUGCACCAAAUUAUUAUUGUGCAUUGAAAACAUUCUCAAAAUUAACGUCACUAAAAUCAGCUGUCAAUGCGAGUAAAUGGGAAAGUUUGAAUUCGAUCGAUAAUAAAUAAUAAUAAUGUCCAUAAAAUAGUGCAAAUUCUUAUCAUAUUGACGGAUUUAUGCCUUCAAGUUACCAAAUAAAACAUUACUACCGUGUGUUAUUUUAUCUGACUUGUGUUUGCGCUGAAACUAUGACGGUGUAGGCGUAAAUAAAGGUUUUUUCGGAUGACCGACUUUACUCACCGGAAAUGUAUGUUUUGGCCUCGGAAUUAUCUGAAAUCUAUUGAACAUGGACCUCAGUCCUGAUGAAGAUAACUUCCAGGGUCGUCUGCUUCACCAGGCCGCACUGUGGGACAAUGUGGAACUUCUUCAAGAGCUCCUCGCUAACGGAGCGGACGUCAACGCCCGGGAUGCCUUGAACAGGACAGCUCUGCACGCGGCCGCCCUGGCUGAGCGCAGUAGCUGUCUGAAGGCCCUGUGUGCGGCUGGGGCGGAUAUUGAUGCUGUUAGCUCACCAGCUAAUGGGGGGAAGACGGCGCUGCACAUAGCGGCUGAGCGCGGCCACGUGGAGAACACCCGGGUGCUGCUGGCGCGCGGCGCGUGUCCGACUGACGGCGACGGCAGCGGGGACUCGGCGCUGGCGCUGGCGGAGCAGGGCGCGCGCCGCAGCACCGCCGCGCUGCUCCGGGAGAGGAGAGAAAAGUCGAAACAACCAGUUUUUUGUUACAAGUAA